CAAACAAGAAGCUUAGCGCAAGCUUCACAGAGAAGAAAUUCAGUGAGGAAGAGGCCUGGACUAAGGAAAGGGGCAUUUCAAGAGGCAGAAACUUUGUGGAGGUUGCCUUGUGAGAAAAGGGGAGACAUGAGCUAAGGAGAAAUGCCAUGAAGGAGACACUUGAGUGGGGAGGCAAUGCUGUGAUGUGGAGAGAAGCCUGAGCUAGGAAGAGCCUUGCUGGACCUGAGAAAAGGGGCUGCUGCUGUGAGGCACCAAAAAGCAGCCCUGAGUCUGGAACCUGUGGAAGAAGAGAGGAGCUGAGGACAAGCCUGGGCAGGGUGGUGAAAGACUCUUUAGUUGCGUGCGGCAGGAUUUACCAGGGCUCUGUGUGUUUUGUCUUACAAUGCUGUGGACCAGAAAACCCCCCCAUCUACAAACCAAAGCCCAAGAAACACAUGCCCGCUGUCUUUGAGCAUGGAUGGAAAUAAGCACACCCUGGCUGGAGCACAGUCAUGGAAGAGAGACCACGGGCAAGAGCUAGAACAGCUGUCGACAAGGGGCACCAGAUGAGGCAAGAGCCAGCUUUGCUAUGUCCAGCCACCAGCGGGUGCUCUAGGAAGUCUUGCCUUUUGGGACUCAUGGGGGGAGCUGACUCCUCAUCUGCAACAGUGGCAGAGCUGGGAUGAGAACCCAGGUGUCCUGAGUCUUUGCCUGCUGACCUCUUUGUGGCCAUCAUGACUUCUGACCACUAUUGUGUCUUCAUUUCCCAUAACUUGAUCCAGCCUUUCCAAAAGGUUAAGAUGUGAUCUUGCCAGUUAAGGACCCCCUUAACUACAGCAGUGUUGCCACAGUAUCCAAGUGCCUCACCAUCUUAAAUAUGCUUAUCCUGUCUCCAAGACGAAACAGUGCUAUUAUUUCCAAGUUUUGGAUGGAGAAACUGAGGCACAGACAGACUUCAGCCUAGAUGCAGAAGGCGAUUUGGGUGUGAUGAUGCUGACUGCUGUUGAGGACUGGAAUCCACCACCCAAAGUCCUGCAUACAGUGCCUGGGGAGGAGCUGCCUUUGAAUGAGAUUCACAGCCAGCCGCUACGUCCCUGCUCUGAGCUAAGGAGUGCCCGUGCGCAGCGGAGAUGCCGCCUUCCCCAAGGCCAUGGACAACGUGACGGUGCGACAAGGGGAGAGCGCCACGCUCAGGUGUACUGUGGAUGACAGGGUCACGCGGGUAGCUUGGUUGAACCGCAGCACCAUCCUGUAUGCUGGGAAUGACAAGUGGUCUAUAGACAACCGAGUGGUCAUCCUCUCCAACACCAAAACCCAGUACAGCAUCAAGAUCCAUAAUGUGGACGUGUACGACGAGGGCCCCUACACCUGCUCUGUGCAGACAGACAAUCAUCCAAAGACAUCGCGGGUACAUCUCAUCGUGCAAGUACCCCCUCAGAUCAUAAACAUCUCAUCAGACAUCACCGUGAACGAAGGCAGCAGUGUAACCCUCAUGUGCUUGGCCUUUGGGAGACCAGAGCCUACCGUGACAUGGCGACACCUGUCCAAAAAAGGCCGGGGCUUUGUGAGUGAAGAUGAGUACCUGGAGAUCACAGGGAUCACCAGGGAUCAGUCCGGAGAGUAUGAGUGCAGCGCUGUCAACGACGUGGCAGCUCCAGACAUCCGGAAAGUAAAGGUCACCGUGAACUACCCACCGUACAUCUCCAACACCAAGAACACUGGCGCCUCGGUCGGCCAGAAGGGCAUCCUGCGCUGCGAAGCCGUUGCCGUGCCCGUGGCUGAAUUCCAGUGGUUCAAAGAAGACACCAGGUACCUAAGUGAAAGCAAGCUGCUAAGGGGAACUACGAGCUCACACGCUGUGCCCUUGGGAUUAGCCAAUGGGCUAGACGGAGUGCGAAUCGAGAACAAAGGCCAAAUGUCCACGCUGACCUUCUUCAAUGUCUCAGAAAAGGACUACGGCAACUACACCUGCGUGGCCACUAACAAGCUGGGGAUCACCAAUGCCAGUAUAAUCCUGUAUGUGAGCCCACAGCACUGGCAGGCCCUGGAGCAGUGCACGAUGGCAGCAACGCGGCUUCCAGAGCAAUGGCCUGCCUCUGGCUAUCGGGCACCCUCUUUGCUCACUUCCUCAUCAGGUUUUGAUAAGAAAGCAGAGGGUCCUUGGAGGUGACGCCUGGCUUCUCCCACACCACAGACUUUACUCUCUACACUGCGGGGGCAACCACCACCGUUUUACAGCGUGAACGUACUGCCGGGAGGGCGGGGGAGGGGGUGAAGGGGAAGGGGAAAGGGAUCUGACAGCCUGGUGAGGGGAUAAGUCAUGGGGGUUUCUCAAAGUAAGUCGUUUUCUUCUGCCCCAGCCCCGCCCCUGAACCCUAUUUAUACACAUGUCCGAAACGGGAGCGUGUCUCGGCCAAGCCCAUUAAAAUUGCCCCGAGAGACAUGCCUUGGUUUGAGAGACGAUGCAUAGCGGAAGCUACAAAAAAAAAAAAAAAAAAAAAAAAAAAAAAGCAAAAACAAAACAAACAAACAAACAAAAAAAGCAAAGAAAAAAAAAAGAAGAGUCAAAGUGUCCUAUUAUCUCUGUGUCUCUUAAGCAAAAGGAUUGUUCUUUCUACUUGUUACACUGUACAUACUUGUUCAAGUUUCUAAGUGUCUGGUUACACCUGGGUUUCACCUUGCUUCCAUCUGGGUGGAUGUUUUAAUAGGCUUCAUCCCGUCAAGCAAUUCCCAUGCCCACCCCCCGCACCUGGGCUCUCAGCAACCGCAGGAAACAGUGGCUGUGGAUGGUCUGUGGCACUCGUGCCAUGGAGGACCAGAGAGCCCUUAAGAGCACAGCUAGGGAAAUGCUAGGGGCGCUGUUGUUGCCUUGCACUGUAGCUGAGGGCUGAGUGACUAAACUGAGCGGAUCUAUAGACAACGUGGUGAGUCAUCCGUCUUUCCAUCCAUCAACGUAAUCAUGCAGGCUUUCUACCCAUCUAUCUCUUCUCUUCACCCAUCCAUCUAAUUACCUACCCAUCUGGCUUUCUAGCUAACCAGCUAUUUGCCAUAUUUAUCAACGUAAUUAUCUGUGUUUCUAUCCAAAUCUCUCUUGCUCUGGUCUCCGUCCAUCCAUCAGUGUAAUCAUCUCGAUCUCUCCAGCCAAGUUUCUUUCCCUCUCCAUCCAUCCGUUUCUUUUUCCCCUCUGUUUUCGCUCAGGCAUCCACCUGUUACGGCGGAGGAGAGUUAGAAACUCCACAACCUUAUGCUUACGCCACACGGCUCCAGGCUAGCUCACGGCCCAGCCAAAAAGAUGAGCAAUAUCUGGCCCCUUGUCUGAUGAAGCCACGUCAGAGUCAAAGCACAAGACGGGUUAACGUGUACGUUUCAGUAGCAAUCCAUUGCUUAGUGCCACCAGGAAAAAAAAAAGCAUAAUAAUAAAGAAAUCAAGCUGCUUCUGCUGUCCUACCUCCCCAAAAUGUUUCUCUUCCAGCAGCAAACACCCCAACACAAGGCAAAAACCACCCCCUGACAACCCUUUGCCUUUCAGAGCCAGUGACUUCAUAUCCGCUAACAGGUGCCUGCGUCCCUGCGGCUCCGCAGGGCGGCAUGCCGGGUGUCUUUCAGACCAGCCCCCAAGCGUCUGCGGCUCCGAGUGGUGCAUCCACUGCCCGUUCGGGGACCGGCAGAAGCCAUCUCUCACCUCCGUCGCCAGCCCCGCUCCUUUUUUGUUCCCUUAGAAAUCCAUCCAGUCUGAAGCUGAUGGAGGCCAAUUAUUUUGCUAGUGUGUUGACAUCACUCUCGUGUUUGUUUGGGAAGCUCUUAUGAGCAGAGGGUACUUGAGUAGCUGACUUAAUUUCCAAGCACUUGAUUAACUCAACAUUGAAAACAGACGGGAAAGAGGAAGGGAAGGGGAGGGGGAAAAAAAAACCCACAAAAAAACCCUAUAUUCACGUGGUUUCCUGUGUCUCAGCUGUUUCUGUUCAAGUCAGAGAGGGAAUUUCUGGCGCCGGGCUCUGAAAUGUAGCAGCAGCACUAUCGAAACUUUGACUUUUCAGACUGUGGAUGUGUGUUUCAAAGGUUCCUCCUGGUUCUUCUCCAAGUUUCCUGGCUCAGUUUAGGCCUUAUUUAAAAGGGACGGAGCACUUUCUUCAAAGCCCAGCGACAGUAAGAAGAGGAGUCUGUAUUGCUGUGAUGUCUUUGAAUGUACUUUUCCCAGUCAAACCUAACCGCUAGCUUUCUGGAGCAGGCGAGGCAGGAAGGGGCUCAAGGACUCCAGCCUUCUCAGAUUGAUUCAGUCCAUCCAACAGCCCUUUCCAUCACUGCCUGGGAGCAGAUGGGGCCGUGCUGCAGAAACCGGAUCUGUGGGAUAAAUGGAGUGGCUUCUACAAAACCUGCCUAGUAGAAACCUUUUUGCUCGCCCUGAUACUGCAAGACACAGAGACUACUUUUGAGGUAGAAAUGGAGGUGAAAGGAGACCGUGAUGUGUGUGGGGUUCCCCACCCCUCCUCUUUUUUUUUUUUCAUUUUGCAACCGUGGCUAUAUGACUGUCCCGCCGACACUUGCGCCGAUACCAGACACCGGGCAGUGGGGGUUGAGCGCAGUCAGGGAAGCAGUAAGGAAGUAUAGGACCUACCGUACUGAGCUGCUUAGGCCACGUUUUGGGAAUGCAAGAUGAGUUUGUGGAGAAUGAGUGACUGGCACCGGCUCGCAGUGGGUUCAGGUGUGAUAGACGGAUGGUCAAGAAUGUGCCAUUUUGGGUCUUCAGCUCUGUCAAUACAUGUAAACUUUCAUGAAUGAUUACAAACAAGCAUUCUGAUGUAACUUAUACAAGACUAAACAUUUGGGUGGUAUAUUCAUAAAAAAGGAAAGGGAGGGUCUUCUUUUGCGUUAACACACAUAACACAAUCCCAACCCAUCCCAGUUCUUGAAUGUACAUGUUUUCUUUCCCCGUGUAUUUUUCCUUCCAAGGAGGGAAGGCUGGAGUACGAAUAGUAGCAUGUUGCACUUUCCUCUAAAUGUUUUCCUGCUCUGAAAAAAAUCUAACAGUGCCCUCCCCGGCUUUCGCCUGGAUAACAGGAACUACAUUUCAGCAUCCACAUGAAGAAAAGGAAGCAACCCGCUAUAUCACUCUCCCAAGAGCAUUACACAGCAUGGUAGAGAGAAACAUAGGGCAAAAAAAAAAGAAGAGGAAAUGUUGCAUGCUGAGUUAAUCUCUACAGGAAUCUUUGCUGCAAUGUUUUGGCCAACAAAGACCUUCAUUCAUUUUGGUACGUCACUAAAGACACGCAAAGGUGUAUUUUAAAAGUCCAAUACAUAUACUGAGUUCAUUGGCUCACAAGGAGGAAUUCAAAAGAACUGAAGCAAUAGAUUUUCAUCACUUUACCCCCAGGGUCAAUUGAAAUAUAUGCUCUAGUUCAGCCACAAUUUGUAGCACGAGGGGGCAGGAACCACUGGAUGUCACUUGAAGCCUAUGUGUGUACUACAGGAGGCCAGAUGAGAUAAAUGCAGGCGGGGCGGGGGGGUGUCUCAAAAUCUAUGAAUUGAUCCUCACGAAUGUAUUAGGUGGAAAAAAACUAAUAAAACCAGAAACAACAGCAGCAAGUACCUCUGCCUGUCAGAGGAGGUCAUCAAACAGCAUUUUAUGUGGUUAAUUCUGCUCCAGCGCUGUUGAGAAUCGGAGAGGAGAGCAGCUGGAGACCACAGAGGCGAGGUCCUCAGGAGGGUCAUUAGCUAGCCCUAUGUAACCCACUUUUCUUCCCCUCCCAACCAUCGCUAGGGAUGCAAUAAGUCUACAAGCCUCAUCUGGGGACAAUUUGGGGGGCUCAGAAGAGGAAACACAAAUUACUCUUACAGGCAAAGCUCUGUCAGGUGGAAUCUAAAAAGCCUUUGCCUGCAACAAAACCCAAAGCAAGUCCCAAUAAGCUUCCAUGUGUUUCAUGGACUCACUAACACUUCCAAAAAAUGACGGGAACUGAAACUCUUGGAGAUCAAGCUGGUACCAGACUUUUCUUCCACAACAGUCAAUGUUAUGUACCCUAUUUAUACGUGUUCUUCAGGUGGAUUUGAUUUUGAGUGGGACCUCACGAGAAGUGCUGCUAUGUGUGUGUGAGUGAGCAAGGUCCCCAUGCACGCCUGAGGUGGCAUAGCAUAUUACUCUUUUGGGCAAAAGUAUAUAAAAGGCUUUUCACUUGAUCAUCUCAAGUGCCUUGAGUUUUUAAGCUACACUUUGGAAGGAUUUCCACCUCCCUAUGCAACAGGGAACCUCUUGUUUCUUGAAUCUGCAGCCCAUCUCCCCAGGAGAGCUUGAUGUGAAGAAGAUGCUAUCGGUUUGCCUUGAGCAAGCCAUUGUGUAAGGCCCUCUUGCAAGAUCCGCGACAUUGCUUUUAAAGACAUCCAUUACAAACCAACUCACUGAAAAAAGGGAUCACUCAGAAUAGUGAUGCACGUGGCAGCAGGACAAAGGGUGAUCCUGAACAGAUCCAUAGGAAAGGCUUGAACGUGAUGGGUGAAUCUUUGAGUCACUUGGUCUGGACAGACAUCUCAGUGUUCUUGCCCAGCAAAGGGGAAGAAGCAACGGAUGGGAAGAAGACAUUUCCUGACUGUAACCCCCCGCCCCAGUUAUCUCUACAAACUGGUGAAAAUAAACAGCCACCACCGCAAAGCUGAACAACAUUUCCAUUUCUGGCCAAAAACCCGAUUCACCCCCUUGCCUCCCUCACCGACAGCAAGAGGGUUUUAGUUUUUUUUGCACAGCCCUAAGUUUUCAAAACUUUCCAAGUGCAAUUUUUUUCCCCCAAAGGAAGGAACAUGUAAGUAGCCACAGGAAGCCUUUAUAAAAGGCAGUGGUAUAUUCCUGAAGAGUCCUUAAAUAUGGAUACGAUGGAACGGUCCCAUUCCCAAGGAAACAAUUCCCAUUCUUCCCUUGCUGUAGGGGAACAGUGAUAAAGACUGCAAUUAAAAGGUGUGGCAGGAAACAGCUGGACUUUUGAAACCAAGGCCAAAGGAUCGACGAUAAAUGCAUACUGUCCUUCUGCUAGUUGACACACACACACACACACACACAAACACAUAUAUGUAUGUGUAUAUAUAUAUAUAUAUAUAUAUAUAUAUAUAUAUACACACAUACACAUGCACAUAUAUAUAUAUAUGUAUGUAUAUAUAUAUAUACACACACAUACACACACACACACACACAUAUAUAAAACACACACACACACUCACAUCAAUUACUCUUUACAUACUAAACAUGCUGGGUCCAAGGCCAAGUGAGUGGAGUGGAUCAGGCAUGUUUGAACGAAGGCAAGUGCAUGCCCAGGUCUCUCCAGUAUUGUUAAAGGGAUGCUUUAGGCUCAUCCAGACCCAUGGCUUGAGGACUGACUUCUUCCAGCUACCAUGGGCAGUGAGCGUGAAGAACAGGGGAACCUCCAAGUGAGUCCUGUCUCGGCCACACUGUUAGUUCUUUUGGCAGAGAAAACUGAAAGGAUUGUCUCUCCUUAUUACAAGAAGUGGGGAGAUUUUUUUUUGUUUGUUUUUUACAAGUUUUAAGUUUCUUGUGACAUGUCAAGUGCAGUUGUGAGGAACAUGUUGGAUGUACGAAACCGUUAACUGUCCAGUUCCAAGUCCUUCUCUAUGCUAGGUUUAAAAAGUUCUUCUAUGACUUAUCAAUGGUGCAGUUCUACUAGCUGUGUCAAGGCAAUGGGUGUGCACAUUUUUCUCACAAUUAUCCUUAAAAACCACAAAAAAAAAAUAAUUUCGUGUGUUCUAACGCUUUAAAGAAAAAUAAAAGAUCGAGUGGAUACAAAAAAAAAAGCAAACCUUUUUUUUUCGUUUUGUUUCCUUUUCCUGUCAGCCUUCUAGGAUUACUAUCAUUUGAUUAUUAUUCCUGAAAGCAAUGAAGUCAAGUCUUGAUUUUUUCCGUCGAUAAUUGUAUUAAAAGGGUGAAUAUACUACCUGAAUUUUGUGCAUGUUACAUUGUAGUUGUAACCUUUUCUAAUUCAGAAAGAAUAAGAGAUGGUUGUGAUUGUGCAGUGUAUCAAUAAAGUUUGAAGAACUUUGUA